GGGGAAUAUGCUGUGCUCUGCAAUUCUCAUCUUUAUAACUCAUUAUCAUGUCCUGCAGUAAUCCUAUAGCUUUUGAAACUGGGAAUACUUCAAAGAUGGAAUUGGAGACAAAUCAUUCAGAUGAUAUCGAGAGGGCGGACGUGAUUGUGAUCGGAGCUGGCAUCAGUGGACUGUGUGCUGCUAAACUGCUCAAGGAGGAGGGCCUUGAUGUCAUCGUGUUGGAAGCAAGGGACAGAGUUGGAGGAAGGACUUAUACAAAAAAAGGUCCCAGCCAUGGCUACUCUGAUCUCGGUGGUGCCUAUGUUGGACCAACACAGGAUCGAAUCAUCCGUCUCGCAAAAGAGCUGAAGGUCGAAACCCACAAGGUUGAUGAAGAAGGAAAAAUAGUGAGCUACAAUCAUAAUAACUGGGCUGCAUUGGAGACAAUAACCUCAACAAUCUGUAAUCCCAUUGCUUUCGUAGACUACCUAAAUGCCUAUCGGACAAUCGAUUCAUUUGCAAAACAGGUUCCUUUGAAUGCUCCCUGGGAAGCGCCUCGUGCCAAGGAAUGGGAUGCGAUGAAUGUUGCUCAGUUUGUUGAGAAGCUGUGUUGGACAAAAGAAGUACACUUCGACCUCCACUUGCUUCUUUCUGGCCUGUUCGCAGAAGACUUAGAUAAGAUCUCCUUACUAUAUGUCUUGUGGAGUAUUAACUCGGGUGGAUCCCUCAAUCGAAUGGACGAAAUUGAAAAUGGCGCCAUUGAACGGAAGUUUGUUGGUGGAGCUCAACAGAUCUCAGAGAAAAUGGCUGAUAUCCUUGGCGAUCGUGUGAAGUUGUCAAGUCCUGUACUAAAAAUAGACCAAACUGGAGAAGAACCUCUGUUGACUACGGAACAUGGAAAAAAAUACAUUGCUCGUCACGUGAUAAGUGCAAUCCCUAUUACCAUCCUCAACAGAAUCACCUUCCGUCCCUCGCUACCAGUUGCAAAGGUCCAACUGUGCAUGCGCAUGACCAUGGGCUGCAUCAUCAAGACCCACAUGUAUUAUGAGAAACAGUUUUGGAAAGAGAAAGGUUUAAGUGGCAUUGCGAACACGAAGGUUGAUGGUGACAUAUGUAUCUGUUUGAAUGACACAAAGCCCAAUGGAUCAUUCCCUUGUUUAGUGCGUUUUAUCAUUGGUGGAAAGGCGAGGGAAUUUACAUCUUUGACCCAGGAGGAAAGGAAGCGACGACUAGCUGAUCAAUAUGCCGAGGUGUUCAAGAUGGAGGAAAUGCGACAUCCCAUUAGAUAUGAGGAACUGAACUGGUUGGAGGAGGAAUAUAGCGGCGGCGGUUAUGGUGGGGUCAUGCAACCAGGUCUCCUCACGACAUUCGGAUCAAAGUUACGAGAACCAGUUGGUAAUGUACAUUUUGCUGGUGCGGAGGCUGCAACAGUUUGGGUGGGCUAUAUGGAUGGUGCAGUGCAGUCUGGAGAAAGGGCUGCAAGAGAGAUCCUUCAUAAACUUGGCCGUAUUUCCGAGGAUGACAUCUGGCAAGAGGAGGCGCCCUCUAUAGAAAUCCCACAUGCUUCAAUCGGUGAACAUACCUUUGAAAAGUUCUUGCCAUCCAUGAAUGUCAUCAUAAGUUUCUUCACUGCCAUAUCAAGUGGAUUAUUUCUGUGGGGUUUCUUUAAGUUUUUUAAUAUAAGUCUCAAAAACUUUUAGUGACAGGUGGUUAUUUUCCUAUGGGGUUACUUAAAGAUUUUCAAUAUAAGCCAUAGACGGUUUUGGUGGAGGACACUAGAGACUUAAGUGAAUUAUUAAGAGUGAUUACAUUGCGGGAAACGAUUGCUUUCAAGUACUCACCAGCAGUUUGACUGUAGUCUUUGCCCUCAAUGGUUGGUGAUAUGACCACACCUGAAAAGAUGGGAAGAUUUUCGAAUAGUGGCAAAAACUUCAGACUGACUGUUUAUGGUUUUUAUUUUCACAGUGUUACACUCAUACGAUCCAAAUCACAAUUAACAUCUCUAAAUUUGUGUAAUUCGUGGCGAAGUCUAGUGCCCUCUGUUGGAGUACACGUGCUACUGUACUGCCCAAGUCGUUAUACACCGUCGUCCCUCGAUCAUAUGUCCGAUACUUCCAAGUCAGCAUCUACAACUGCCGUUGCUGUAGUUGCAGGAGAUUUGAUGAUCCAUCUUGUCAAAGUUGAUGGCAUUAGUGCCUGUAAGGCACAUUGUAAAUUACAUCUUUGAAAGUGUUGGGUUAGUAAGGACUGUGAAUUAAUUUUGUGUGUCCUAAUUUUUGCUCUGUGUUCUUCUUUUGUUGCCUGUUCUACUUUUGUUGUGGGUAGAGUUUAUUUUGUUGCGGAACAUAAAUUAUUUCUUCGCCCUUAAUUUUUCUUCUGUUUCAAUGUUUUUCCCUGUGAUAAAAUUUUGUGUGACCUAAUUUUCUUAUGUGAUUUACUUUGUUCUUGGCAGACUUUAUCUUCUUUACUUAACUUAAAUCAUUUGUUCGCUAUUAAUUCUUGUUCCCGUUUAAUACUUUACAACUCUUU